UCCCGCGGCAAGCCCAGACCAGACACACACCACCACCAGCCGCCAGUCAGUCCCCCCGGCCCAGUUUACACACCGAGUUGUCAGCCGACCGAUUCCACACACGUCUUGACUUUUCUUUCGCCGUGUGCUGUCCUCAACGAAACUCGAAGGAGCUGACCUCAAACUUUGGGGGUCGAUCGCCUGUUCUUGUUUCGUUCUGUUCGUCUCUUCUUACUCAAAUAACUAACCACCGCCCACUGCGACUACGAGGCUGCACUGACUGACUCGUUCGUGUUGCUAAACAAGACGGGUGUGUGUUAUGUGUGUAGUGUGUUUACAAGACAGCUGUGUUUUACAACUUAAGAUUAGGCUACCCCAGCAGGUGACACUACUGGGCACAAGAGGAAAAGGUGGCAGUCAACUACGACAUUAAUUGUCAGACACACGCACGAACAUAGCACUGAACUGAACACAGAUCACAGCACAGCAGCUUGUCUGCGCUAGGCCAAGCGAAAGUGUGUCCAAUCGUUUCACCCAGUGGUGAGUCAAGUGUUAAUAUUUGAAUACUACGAGGUCAGCAGAGGACAGGAUCCUUCAAAAUGACGGAGCAGGCAAAUGGAAGGAAGAACAUCGUGUUCAUCAAAAAUGGACAGAUUGUUAAUGAUGACUUUUCAUUUCAAGGAGAUGUUCUUAUCGAGGAUGGAAUCAUCAAAGAAGUGGGCACCAGCUUGAAUACACCAGCAGAUGCGAGGGUCAUUGAUGCCGAGGGGAAGUUUGUCAUGCCAGGUGGCAUCGACACUCACACCCACCUCCAGAUGCCCUUCAUGGGCACGGUGUCGGCAGACGACUUCUACAGCGGCACCCGGGCGGCUCUGGCUGGAGGCACCACCAUGAUCAUCGACUUUGUGAUCCCUCAAAAGAACGAAUCUCUCCUGGAGGCCUUUGAGAAAUGGCGCGGCUGGGCCGACCCCAGAGUGUGCUGUGACUACGGGCUGCAUGUGGCGGUCACUUGGUGGGGAGACCAGGUAGCCCAGGAGAUGCAGACCUUGUCCCAGGAUAGAGGUGUCAACUCGUACAAAGUGUUCAUGGCCUACAAAGACGUCAUGAUGUUGGAGGAUCCCGAGAUCUACAAAUGUUUCAAGGUCUGCCGGGAGCUGGGAGCUCUUCCCAUGGUGCACGCGGAGAAUGGACACCUCAUUGCAAUUAAAUCGGCUGAGAUGAUUGACCAAGGAAUCACAGGACCGGAGGGACAUCUGCAGUGUCGUCCGGUGGAGGUGGAGGAAGAGGCGACCCAACGUGCUGUGACCAUUGCUAACGAGGCCGGAUCUCCGCUGUACGUGGUGCAUGUCAUGAGCAAACCUUCGGCCAACGUGGUCAGCAAAGCCAGGAGAGAAGGCAAGAUCGUGUUUGGCGAGCCCACCGCGGCCGGUCUGGGCACGGACGGAAGCCACCACUUUGACCAGUGCUGGCACCAUGCUGCAGCCUACGUCAUGGGCCCUCCGCUCCGAGCUGACCCGACCACCCCGGGCUACCUCAUGGAUCUUUUGGCCAAUGAUGACCUCCAGCUGACCGGCACAGACAACUGUACUUUCAAUACCAAUCAGAAAGCUCUCGGCAAAGAUGAUUUCAGACGUAUUCCCAACGGAGUGAAUGGAGUCGAGGAUCGCAUGUCUAUCAUUUGGGAGAAAGGAGUGCAUUCAGGAAAGAUGGACCCAUGUCGCUACGUCGCUGUCACAAGUACGACUGCCGCCAAAGUGUUCAAUGUCUACCCUAAGAAGGGAAGAAUAGCGGAGGGGUCAGAUGCUGACAUCAUCAUCUGGAACGGUGAGACGACCCGCACCAUCAGCGCAGAGACGCACCACCAGGCCGUGGACUUCAACAUCUUCGAGGGCAUGACGUGUCACGGCGUGGCGGAAUACGUCAUCACCCGCGGAGAGAUCGCCGUUGAUAACGGGGAGGUCAAGGCCACGGAAGGUCACGGAAAGUUUGUGCCCACCCCACCCAAUGCUCAGUUUGUCUACGGCCGUCUGCCCAUGAGGAACAAGGUGGCAUCGCCGGUCAAAGUGGAGCGGGACCCGUACACCGGCCCGAUCAUUGACCUAUCGGAAGGGGCCGGCACCCCCGACCGCCGUGCGGAGAACCCGAUCUUCCACAGCGACCCGGGCCCGGAGUUCCUCAGCCGACCCACGCGAGGCGGCGUGCGCAACAUGCAGGAUUCUUCCUUUUCUCUCAGUGGUGCUCAGUUUGACGACAAAAAGAACAAGAAGUCGGCCACAAAAGUGUCGAACCCACCUGGGGGAAAGUCCACCGGUCUGUGGUAAACUUCCCUGGACACCGGUCAGCCCAUCUGACAGUACACACACACGGUCCACGCCUGCCUGGAAACUGGUGGCCCAUCUGGUACGGUAGUGCUGCGGUCAUACCGCAGAGGGCUUCCUCAGGAAGGGACUUUAUUUUUAAAAAAUCAAAUGUAUGCAAACUUUAAAUUUGAAAUAGUCAUGUGUUACAACGGGGUAGAAUCAGGCAAUCGUCAAUUUUUGGGCAUCUAGAGUUAUUAUUAUCAUCUUAAAGAUUGUUCAUUUGACCAUCUUUUGAUGAAAAAAAUACACACAGAUCUUGAAUAGAAGUUGAGAUUUUUGCGAUUGAAG